GACAGCUUCUGUGUUUUGGUGGCUGUGGGAUUAACAGCAGGAGCUUAAGUUAUUAAACCGAGCAGCUUUAAUCAUCGAGGUCUCCUGGAGCAGUGGGGAUUAAUGUAUUUUUACCCCAGAGAGCCAAUGUAACUAUUCCAAUGAGCAAAGCUUUGCUCCCUGCAAUCCCCAAGCAGGCCCAAAUCGCCUUGCUCCAGACUCCCUUCCCGACCCUGAGAGAUGUGAUGGAGUUUUACUUGGAUAUCGACCCUGUCACCUUGAACCUGAUCAUCCUAGUUGCCAGCUACGUCAUCUUGCUCCUGGUCUUCCUCAUCUCCUGCGUGCUCUAUGACUGCCGAGGCAAGGACCCCAGUAAGGAGUACACCCCCGAGGCCACCCUCGAUGCCCAGCCCUCCAUCCACUUGGUGGUGAUGCAGCAAGGUGCUCCUGGGGCCCAGUGGGCAAAGGGAUCUGGCCUUCGUUUCGGGGGCUCUGCUCCUCCAGGGAAGAAAAGCACAGUGGUGUGA